AUGGAGGACCAACAAAUGCGGGAAGAGUUUGCUGUAACAAACCCUAAUAAUACAAAUUAUGACCUAAACCCUAUGUAUCCUUCUUCUUCUUCUUUUUCUCAUGCUGCAAACUACGUUAAUACAGCUGAUGCUUCUCUUGAUCCUGUGAUUAAUCAGAGCAAUCAAAUUCUUACUGUUUGUGAUGAUGAUCUUCUCCCUGAGGAUACUGAUUCAGAUGAUGAAAAAAAUGCUUAUUUUGAUUCGUUUCCUGCUGGGUAUAGAUUCAAACCCUACGAUGAAGAGCUUGUUGUUUAUUACCUGCAAAGAAAGAUUUUGAAUAAGCCUUUGCCACCUAAUAGAAUCAAGGAGGUUAAGUUGUAUAAAUUUGAUCCUCAGACUCUUGCAGCACAUUACAAACCAAAUGGCGAAAGAGAAUGGUACUUCUUCACACCAAGAGAUCGAAAGUACCCAAAUGGAGAGCGACCAAAUCGAGCUGCCGGAACUGGAUAUUGGAAGGCUACCGGAGCUGAUAAGCCUAUUAUUUUUAAAGGAACUAAAGUUGGAUUCAGGAAGGCUUUAGUUUUCUACAAAGGGAAACCUCCAAAAGGUGACAAAACUGAUUGGAUCAUGCAUGAAUUUAGAGUCAAUGCUCCUUCUAAGAGAAAAAGAGAAGGCGAUAUGAAGCUUGAUGACUUUGUCUUGUGCAGGAUUUAUCAGAAGCUUGAUAGAUCUUUCAAAGGUCCAAGGCCACGAGAUCAAGCAAUGAAGGAAUAUCAUCAACCAGUACAAUAUGAUCAUCAACCUGCAGAAAAUGUAAUGAUUCAGCCUGAACCCAGCCAAAUUACAAUGCCUGUCAUGGCUGCAGGGAAUUAUAAUCCAGGGAUGGACAUGAGUUAUCUCAAUUCAAAUGCUGGUUUUGCUCCUCGCUAUCUUAUGAAUGGUGCUGCUAAUGUUGUUGCUGAAACUUUUAACACUACUCCAAUGGGCGGGCUACUUUAUUAUCAGAAUUCUGUUCAGCCAUUAAUGGAUCCUUCUUCAUCAAAAUUUCCAUUCAUGCAGAGUCAUUACAGCAAUGAGCAGCCUGCAAAUGAAUAUCUUAAUCUUUCAGAGGAUAUUUCGACUGUACAAAGGCUGGAAAACCUUGUUUUGUCACCUUCACUUGAUAACUUUGGUUCCUUGCCCUAUGAAGACCAUGAUCAUGAUCCUAAAAGAUUUCAGCCUGAUCGCCUUUCUUAA